AUGGCCCCCAGCUCCGGCGACCACACUGCCAGUGGCGGCGGCGUUGGAUGCGCAAGUGGGGAGGAAAGCGCGUGCUCCACACCCUUCGUAAGCGCGCCGUCCAGCCCCGACCGCGACCCGUCGUUCUCCGCUGCCGGUUGCUUCUACAGCGCGCCGGCGAGCCCCGCGCGCGGCGGCCCCGGCACUGCGGAUGAGUACGACGGCUGCGAGCUGGGAUUCGACUUCGACUUCUCGCGCUGCCCGUCUCCCGCCGCGGCGGCGAUGUCCUCCGCCGACGAGCUCUUCCACAACGGCCAGAUCCGGCCAAUGCGGCUCACGUCCUUCCUGCUCCGCCCGCAGGCGCUCCCGCCUCUCGACGGAGACGUCCCCCCGCCGCCGCACGAGCGCGGCCGUCUCCGCCGGAGCCCGCCCGUGCACCGCCGGUACCGCUCCCUCUCCCCGUUCCGCUCCCGCUGGCUAUCGCCGUCGUCGUCGCCUGCCCCGGCGGCGAAGUCCGUGGAGCCAGCAGCGGCGGGCGAGGCCGAGGCGGCCCCGUCGGCGUCGCGGUCGUCGUCGUCCUCCUCGACGGCGUCCUCUGCUUCCUCCUCGUCGUCAAGAAGCUACUACCGCAGGUGGGGUUUCUUGAAGGACAUCCUCCACCGGAGCAAGUCCGACGGCGGCGAGCGCCCACCUCUCCCCUCCAACCCGUCGCCUCCGCCGCCGCCGGCGGCGCCCAAGAGGAACCCCUCCCCGUCGUCCCCGGCGGCGGCAUCACGAGGCCGCGGGAGGGCGAGGAGGUCGGCGUAUGCGCGGCUGUACGAGGCCCGGCGCGCAGAGGCGGAGGAGAUGCGGCGGCGCACGUUCCUGCCAUACCGGCAGGGCGGCGUCCUCCUCGGCUGCCUCGGGCUCGGUUCCCUCGGCUUCGGCGCCAUGCACGGCCUCGCCGCCGCGGCCGCGGCCGGCAAGGCCAGACCGUGA